AUGGCCGACUUUCUCUCGCGCAGGUUCGUCGACGGGGUCUACAUCCCCGCCGGCCUGCUCAUCUUUGGCGUCUUCAUCGUCAAGCGGGAGUUUACGCUCUACGCAGUGACACUCGCCCUGGUUCUGGGCGCCGGCAAAGUCUUCUCGAUGCUGCCCAAGAAGGUCCUCGACCCCGUCAACUUCCAGCAGUUCGAGCUCAAGGAGAAGACGAUCAUCUCGCACAACGUGGCCAUCUACCGCUUCAAGCUGCCGAGCCCGACCCAUAUUCUCGGCCUGCCCAUUGGCCAACACAUCUCCAUUGGCGCAGACCUGGCCGACGCCGACGGCAACGUCAAGUCUGUCCUGCGCUCCUACACGCCCAUCAGCGGCGACCACCAGCCGGGCUACUUUGACCUGCUCAUCAAGUCGUACCCGCAGGGCAACAUCAGCAAGCACCUGGCCACGCUCGCCGUCGGCCAGACCAUCCGCGUCAAGGGCCCCAAGGGCGCCUUUGUCUACACGCCCAACAUGGUUCGCCACUUCGGCAUGGUGGCCGGCGGCACCGGCAUCACGCCCAUGCUGCAGGUCAUCCGAGCCAUCGUGCGCGGCCGUUCUGCCGGCGACAAGACCGAGGUCGACCUCAUCUUUGCCAACGUCACCCCCCAGGACAUCUUGCUCAAGGAGGACCUCGAUGCCCUCGCACAGGAGGACAAGGGCAUCCGUGUGCACUACGUCCUCGACCGGCCUCCUGAGGGCUGGACUGGCGGCGUCGGCUACGUCACUGCCGACAUGGUCAAGCAAUGGUUACCAAAGGCUGCCCCCGACGUCAAGAUCCUGCUCUGUGGCCCUCCUCCCAUGAUCUCCGGUCUCAAGAAAACCACCGAGAGCCUCGGUUUCAACAAGGCCCGGCCUGUGAGCAAGCUGGAGGACCAGGUGUUUGCUUUCUAG